AUGUUUCGCUUUAAUCGUCUAGCUCUCAGCGCUGCCACAUUAGGGGUUCCCACCCCGCGACUCAAUGAUAUCAACGAUGUCUUUAGGACGGCCCAGAAGGUCUGGAACGUGGACUUUAAAGGUGGUCCGGCCGCGACCCAAACGCUAAACUUUAUCUACAAUCGCUCCCCGGCGGUUCCGGUCUUCCACAUCAUGGACCUGAAUGGAGGCACCUCGUUGGAGAAUGGACUAACCAACCCCCCCGACUCCGAUCACGACCCCUCGUUUCACUUCACGCCCCAGGAUGAGGAAAGCCUCAUCCCGCGCCCGGUGGCUGAGCGUAUACUGCGCACGAUGCUCAUUCAAAACGCCAUGGACAAGGUCCUUCUUGAGGCCCAGCGGCAGGGACGGAUUAGCUUCUACAUAUCCAUGUUCGGGGAGGAAGCGGCUGUAACAGGGGCCGUCGCCGGCCUUAGUGACAGGGAUGAGCUCUUUCUGCAGUAUCGUGAGGCAAGCGCGUUACACUAUCGGGGUUACACAAUCAAAGACGUCAUCUCGAAGUGUGUUGGGAACAUCGAAUGCAAGGAGAAAGGCCGGUCGAUGCCCAUGUUUUACGGCUCUCGAUCAAUUAACACUCAGAUGAUAAGCGGGCCCCUGGCUACGAAGAUACCCCACGGGUCUGGUUCGGGCUAUGCAUUUCGCUUGGAAAAUGAGGAACUGCUCAAGGACCUACCCCCUGGGACAGACCUCGCAGAGGUACCUGAGGCGCGUAUAUCUGCGACUUUUAUGGGCGAAGGCGCUACGAGUGAGGGCGAUUUCCAUGCCGCCCUCAAUUUUGCCAGCACGCUGGGUUCGCAUGCGUUAUUUUUCGUACGGAACAACGGGUAUGCCAUUUCAACAACGACUCAGGAACAAUACUGCGGCGAUGGGAUUCUGUCGCGAGCCGCGGGCUACGGUAUGCCAGCAGCACGAGUGGAUGGCAAUGAUGUUCUGGCCGUAUAUAAUACUGUGCGCAUGGCGCGAAAUAUAAUCCUAAGAUACAACAUACCGGUCCUCGUGGAGUCCUUUACCUACCGUGUGGGGCACCAUUCCACCUCUGACGACAGUACCGCUUACCGAGAGAAGGACGAGAUAGAUUUCUUUAUCCGGAACAUCGACCCGAUCAAGCGUUUUGAACAAUUUAUGAUUCGCCGUGGCUGGUGGGACGCCAGUCAGUCCAAGAGUUUGAUGAACGAGGCUCGAAAGGAUGUGCUAAAUGAGCUACGCCGGCAGGAAAAGUUGCCGACAUGGCCAAUCGAAACAUUGCUUGAUGACGUUUUCGAGGAUCUUACUCCACACAUCCAAAAAGAGAAAAAAAUGUUGGUAGAACACUAUCAGCGACACAAAGCACAGUAUGACACUGAGAAACAUUAG